AUGGCAUCUGAUGGAGACAAGAAAAAGCUUGAGGAAAAUAUGAAAUUCCUCCAAGAAAAAGAAAAAGAUCUAAAUGAAAGAAUGGAGUAGUUUGAUUAACAAAAAGAGAGAUAGGCAUAACUGGUAAAGGAUUUAAAAGAAAAAGAAGGCUCAUUAUAAGGUCUAACAAAUGAGGUUAAUUCUAAAACGAAACUCUUAAACUUAGCAAAUUAAUAACUGCCUUAGAAAGAAGCUAGAGUUGCUGAACUUGAUAAGUUCAUUAAAGAUAAGGAAGGUAAACUCAAAGAACUAGAGAUGACGAUCGAGAAGAGACAAGCAGAUUCAAAUAAAGAUUUGAAGGCUAUUACUAUUCAGCUGAAUGAUUCAAAUACUAAAUUACAUGCAACGGAAGAAAAACUAAAGGAGCGUGAAGAUGCAAUAGAUAGUUACAAGAAAAAGAUAGUUGCUUUGGAAUUUGCUUAGGAAGAUUACAAAAAGAGAGAGGAUAAUUUUCUUCUUAGAAUAAAAGAAGUACAGGAGUAGAUGAAAGUAUAAUAAUCGGACUUAGACUCAAAUUAUCGUAAAAUCGUUGAAGUAGAUGAAUAAUAAAUCUAAACUGAGCCUGUAAAAAUCAAAAGCAAAGAAGAGGCAGAUGAGAAAAAGAAAAAAAAGAAAGAAAAGGAGGCUGAGAAAUAAGCUUAAAAGGAUGAAAAGGAAAGAUCAAGAAAAGAACUGAAGCAAUAAAUGGAAAAUGAAAAAAAAGAACUUGAGCAGUAACUUGAAGAGUCUAAAUCUUAUUAAUAAAAGGAAAAAGAGGCAUAUUUGAAGCAAAUAAGGGAACUUCAAGAUCAUGUGUCAUUAUAAAACAUCUAAAUAGAGUAACUGUAAAAUGCUAGUCAAAACUUUAAUGCAACUGCGACAAUGGAACUUGAGGUAAAGCUUGCCAAGGAAUCAAAAGAGUUAGAAAAAUUAAGACUAAAGUUAUCAGAUAUGGAGCCCAAAUAUAGAGAACUGGAAGUUAAGUAAGUUUAAACUGAGAUGAAAUUGAAUUAAUUACAAAUUCAAACCAAUGAGUAAAAACUUCAAAAUGAAUCACUUCAUUAAAAAUCUGAAUAAUAAACAAAAAGAAUCAAAGAGCUGAAAAGUCAAGUUAGGUAAAUGAGUUAAGAAAAGGAAGAAUUUGAAAAGGAAAAUUAAAAGAGAAAAGAAAAGAUGAAGUUAUUAUAAUAACAGUUAAAGAUUCACGAGGAAGAAAUGUAGGCUAAGGAUGCUGAAAUUGAAAAUAAAGCCAAGGUCAUGGAGAGAAUGAUGCAAGCAAAUGAAGAUAUGAAAAAAGAAAAUUAAAAACUGAGUCUCAAAUUACGGUAGAUUUAAACGACCCAAAUCAAAGAUAUGCAAAAAAAGAUAAGAGAUAAAGACAGUGAAAUAGAGGUACUCAAAGAGAUGUUAAGAAGUUCAUAGUUACAAUCAAAAAGCAAAGAUAAUGAAAUCUAGAGAUUGCAGAAGAAAAUUAAUAGAAUGACAAAGGAAGGGUAUGUAGAAAAAAUGCAAGCUUAUGUAGCUCAUAGGCCAAAUUAAAAUCAUCUUUAGCAUCAUCAAUAUUAGGGUAACCACGGAGCUGACCGUACAAUAGAUAUAGAGGACAUCGAUAUUAAGACUAGAGAUAAUUUUACUGAGGAAGAUGAAGAACAUAAUGCAUAAGAAGAGGAGGAUUUCUAUGAUAAUCAUGAUCUUAAUCAUAGAGAAUAGGAUAAAACUAAUAGUGAAAUGAAAGCAGUAAGGGUGAAAUUGAUGGGAAAGAAAGAUCUGAUCCUUCCAGAUAUCUCUUCAAAGAGUAGCUCAUCAUAAAUGAACUCAAUGUUCGAAAAUGGACUUGCAAACAAUCGACGAAGUUAAAAGGAUCUUCACUCAAGUGUAUUAUUCGAUUAGGAGCUUGAUGAAUAAAAUGUAAGCAGGAAUCAGUUAAUGAGAAACAAAAGGAAAGCUCAAUUACAAGAGAACAAUAAGAUAUUUGAGAACUAAUACAACAGAUUAGUAGAUGAUUAUCAAAGAAAUGCAAGUUCAAGGUAGUACAAAUUUUCCAGUGUUGGAGUAACAGGAGCUAUUUCAAAUGAACCAUCUCCAAAUGUUAAUGUCAAAAGAUUAGGUAACUAUAAAUAUCAUAAUUCAACUCUAUUAGUUAAAAAUUCAGCCAAUUAUCAAUCACUAGACCACAUUAGAGGUAUGGGCCAGAGUGAGCCAUCUACUAUUAGUGGAACCCGCUCAAAAUAAAGAAAGUUAAUAAACAUACUGGAGGAAAAAUCUGAUUACUUGGUUAUAUCCCCACCUAAAAUUGGCGGAAGAUAUUGA